UUGUAGCCUUAUCUAUAAUUGUGAGUGCCACACAAUCAUAAGUUGCUUAUUCGCUGAUCAUUCAUAAGACAGAUUCGAUAUAGUCGUAUAAAUCGUUAAUAUCAGUAAGAUAUUAAAUCGGUCUUUCAUAAUUUUUAUUAGCGUAAAAUCCAUUUCCAAUAAAUUCAAAAGUAUUAUAUUAUUUUUUUUAUUUGUAAUGGAUAAUUUUGGAGAUAAUUUUGAAGAUGGUGAUGUUGAUCCCGCUGCAGAAUUCCUAGCGCGCGAGCAGUCUCAAUUAGCUGGAUUAGAAGACGAUCUCAACACUGGAAGUAUACCAAUUGGUGUCACCCAAACAUUAUCAAAUGUAGGUUCAGGAAGCAGCUUUGAAAUAAUAGAUAGUGCAGAAAAUCAAAUGAUAAACACUGUAAAGGAAAAUGGAUUAACUAAUGGUACAACUGCUCAUAGUGAUGACGAAACCUCAUCCCCAAUAAUUACUCCUAAAGUUGAACGAGAAGAAGCUGAAAAGAUUAAAAAAUGGAGGGCUGAGCAGAAAACUUUGUUAGAAGAAAAAGAUGCCAACGAAGAAAAGAAAAAAGAAGAAUUGAGGUUAAUAGCAAAAAAAGAGUUAGAAGAAUGGUAUAAAUCACAUAAAGAACAAAUUGCUAAAACUAAAGAUGUUAACCGUGAAUCUGCAAUAAAUGCUGAAAAACAAUUUGUUGCCGAAUCUGAUGAUAUUGAACCUGGAACUGAAUGGGACCGUAUUACAAAACUUUGUGAUUUCAAUCCAAAAGCCAACCGUGCAAGUAAAGAUGUUACACGUAUGCGAUCUAUUAUUCUUCAGUUAAAACAAAUGCCUCUUAAAAAACCAUUACCAACUAAAUAAACUUCAUUAUACAUGUAUUUCUGUCAUUCCUAUACAUAGAUAAAAUGAUUUAUAAAAAAUAUUUUUAAAUGACAGUGUAAAAUCUAUUGUUUAAUACUAAUUAUUUAUUAUUUGUUUACUAUUGUUGCAAUAUAAUUAUAAAGAACUAUAUAUAUAUAUAUAUAUACUACAAACACUUAAAUUGUAUUAGUCCAUAUCAUUUUAUUUAUUAGAUUUUUUGUACAUGAAAAUUUCUGUAAUUUUAUUAAUUCCCAAGUAUUAUAGCUUCCUUAUGAAACAAAUUUUUUUUAUUAUAUUUAUUCUUGCUUAAUUAAAAAAAUUAAAUUUUUUAUUAAAGUAUCAAAUAUUUGAUUUUAUAAAUAAAUAAAAUAGUGUAUUAAAGUCAA